CACAAGAAGCGGGAAACAUUCAGCCCAAAACAGACAGAUGAGUCACGAAUCAUCCCAGACCGGAACCUCAAGUCGAAUCGUCGUUGGCACACCUGAAUCGAUUUUUGUUUUCAUCAUUCUUAAUCCUUGUUUUCGACUUCAUCCGCCGUACCACAAUCUCCACAUAUUUCGUUUUUCUGUCUGUGCAUCCCCCUCUUUAAUCCAUAGUAUUCUAUAAUUUCUGGUAAAUCGGUAAUUAGCAUCACAAUCACAUAUUGCGGGGAAGAAAGGAGCAUAAUUUAUGGUUAAUUGAAAUGGGGAGCUACAAUAAUUACAAAAUGUUUGGUUGCUUCAACCGGAAAUUCAAGAUUAGCGAGACGGAGCCUCCGCCGGACGUGAAGAAUGUAUUUUCGCGGUACACGGAGAAUGGUCCCCACAUGAACGCCGAUCAGAUGACCAGGUUUCUGGUCCAGUUUCAGGGGGAGGAGGGGUGCACCGCCGCCGAUGCGGCUCAACUCAUACAACAUAUUCACAACCGCCGCCGCCAUUUGUCUAAGCAUAUCCACCACAGUUCCCCGGCCCGCUCUCUUGAUAUCGACGAUUUCUUUGACUUUCUCUUUCAAGAUGAUCUCAAUGGACCUCUCAAACCUCAGGUAUGGCAUGAUAUGAGUGCCCCCUUGCAACAUUAUUUCAUAUAUACGGGUCACAACUCCUACCUGACAGGGAAUCAACUCAGCAGUCAAUGUAGUGAAAUCCCUAUUAUUAGAGCUCUUGAAAGAGGCGUUAGGGGUAUAGAAUUGGACUUGUGGCCAAAUUCCACUAGAGACAAUAUUCACGUUCUUCACGGAAGCUUUGGAGAUUUUCAGGACCUUAACAACUCCAGUGACUCUCAUCAAAUGUUUGAAAUCUAUCAAAAAACAUGCUUUUGUGAAAUCUCCUUAUCCUGUUAUCAUUACUUUGGAAGAUCACUUGACACCUGAACUGCAAGCUACAGCAGCAGAGAUGCUGACUCAAGUGUUUGGGGAUAUGCUUUACUUCCCCGAGCCAGGAUGCUUGGGAGAAUUGCCUUCGCCCAAAGAGUUAAAGCACCGUGUUGUUCUUUCUACUAAACCACCCAAAGAGUACCUUGAGUCAAGGCAUCUCAGUAAUGAGAGAGAAAAUGUAUCCCCAAUAUGGAAAUAUUCAUCUGAAAAUGACUACUCUAUGAAAGAGGAGUCAGGAAGUGAAUCCAAUGGGGUAAAGUAAGACUAUGAUUUCCCCCCUUUUUAACCAUCGGAAUGGGCUUAUUCUCCAAUGUUUGUUUGGUUAUCAGGUCUGUUCUGAUCCAGAUGAAGAUUAUUGCGAAGCCGCCACAUGCCAAUCAGAUCCUUCGAGGAAAGAGAUAUCUGGAAAUACAGAUGAACAACAAGUUAGUGAUGUGAUGAAGAGUGACCUAGAUGGAAAAGGCUCUACAGCUACGGUUCGGUCAGGAGCACCUGAGUACAAGCAUUUGAUCGCUAUACGUGCGGGAAAGGCAAAGGAAGGCUUGAAGCAUGCAUUGACAACUCUACAAGAGAAAGUGAAGCGCCUUAGCGUGAAUGAGCAAGAACUUGAAAAGGCUACUGGGUUGUAUGGAACUGACGUUGUCAGUUUCACGCAAAAAAAUAUUUUGAGGGUGUAUCCAAAAGGUAUGCGGGUGACAUCAUCAAACUUUAACCCGAUGCUUGGGUGGAUCCAUGGAGCUCAGAUGGUUGCCUUCAAUAUGCAGGGAUAUGGAAAGUCACUGUGGUUAAUGCAUGGGAUGUUUCGAUCUAAUGGAGGUUGUGGCUAUGUGAAGAAGCCUCAGUUUCUUUUGGAAAGACAUCCAAAUGGCGAGGUUUUUGAUCCUAAAGUUACAUUACCAGUGAAGUUGACAUUAAAGGUGAAUGUUUAUUUAGGGGAUGGAUGGAGGCUGGAUUUUAGUCAUACACAUUUUGAUUCCUACUCACCGCCAGACUUCUAUACGAAGGUAUAUAUAAUUGGAGUGGGGGCGGAUAGUGGGAAGAGAAAGACGAGAAUCAUAGAGGAUGAGUGGGUGCCCAAGUGGGGAGAAGAGUUUGAGUUCCCGUUGACGGUUCCAGAGCUGGCAUUGCUUAGGAUCGAAGUACGAGAGUAUGACAUGUCAGAGAAAGAUGACUUUGGGGGCCAGACUUGUCUCCCUGUCUCUGAACUGCGGCCUGGAAUCCGUUCUGUUUCUCUGCAUGAUAAAAAGGGAGAGAAACUCAAAUCUGUUAGGCUGCUCAUGCGCUUUCAGUUCAUGUUGUCUUGAACAGUUGUAAACAAAUGGGAAGAUCUUUUUCUAGAGUUGUAUUUUCUUCUGUAAAGAACUUUUGUGAUGCAAUCUCAGAGUAAGAGAAGUUAGGCAUGAAUGUAGAGUACAGGGGUAAUAAUAGUCUCUACUUUUCUUCCCUUGAAAGCUAAACGAGUUUGAGAAUGUAUCAUUUUACUACGCGAGCCAGACGGCCAGACCAAAAAAGUCC